GGGUUCACCAGCCCUUAUGGCUACGUGAGUCCGGAGAAGCCUCUGUCCUAAUCCACAGAGUUGGGACGUUCCAGCCUGUACAAUCGUGUGAGCUGUUCCUUUGAUAUAAAUCUAUAUGUUUGUACGCUUUACUGCAAAGCAUACAAAUAUAUAUGUACACCUAAGACACGAAUCUUGUUAAAAUGUAGAUUCUGAUUCAGUAUAUCUGGGGUGGAAAUGCAAAAUCUCAGCAGGGUUUUGAAUUGCAACCCCUAUUGGCAAUACUUCAUGAGAGGGCUACUGUUUCUCAACUGUAUGAUUCUGUACUGCUUGUCCUCUUCACAACUGCUGAUCAAGUUUUUCUAAGGUAGACGAAUUGGUCUCUAAGGACAAACCGCCCCAAAGCUUUCUCCAUCUUAUACUGUACCCGUGUGAUAUUUUUGACUUUGCCCUGAUACACCUCCCAUUUUUGAAGGCAGGGCCAAUCCUGUAACUUAAUGACAAAAACUUAAUGACUAAGAGAUUGGUGGCUGGAGCUGAGGUGCCUGAGUCAAGCUGGGGGUUGGUAUUUUCUCAGUUACAGGAAGUAAGACUUUCAUUUCCUCCUUUUCCCAAACAAGUAGACGGAAUAGGGUUGAUUGAGCAAACGACUAGUACUGGCAGAGGCUAGUUAGACUUUCGGACUUUGGGUGAGGCGAUUCUGCCAUGAGGCUGGCUGUGUUUUUCUCUGGGGCCUUGCUGGGGCUACUAGCAGCCAAAGGCGCAGGGAAUGACUGUCCUCAUAAAAAAUCAGCCACUCUGCUGCCAUCCUUCACGGUGACCCCUACAGCUACAGAAAGCACAACAAGCUCUGGAACAACCAGCCACAGAACUACGAAGAGCCACGAAACCACCAGUCACAGAACUACUACCACAAACACCACCAGCCACAGACCCACAACUGUCACUCACAAUCCUGCCACCACCACCAGUCAUGGAAAUGCCACAGUUCAUCCAACAAGUAACAGCACUGCUACCAGCCCAGGAAUCACCACUUCCCCUGAGCCGGGACCACCUCCACCCUCUCCAGGGCCUACCCCAGGCUCCAAGGAAGCUAUAGGAGACUACAUGUGGCAUAAUGGUUCCCAGCCCUGUGUCCGGCUCCAAGCCCAGAUUCAGAUUCACGUCCUCUACCCAACCCAGGAUGGAGGAGAGAUGUGGGGCGUCUCUGUACUGAACCCCAACAAAACCAAGGUCCAGGGAAGUUGUGAGGGUGCCCAUCCUCAUCUGCUUCUCUCAUUCCCCUAUGGACAGCUCCGCUUUGGCUUCAAGCAGGACCCAAUACAGAGUGUUGUCUACAUGAACUACAUGGCUGUGGAGUACAAUGUAUCCUUCCCCAAGGCAACACAGUGGACAUUCUCGGCUCAGAAUUCAUCCCUUCGAGAUCUCCAAGCCCCCCUGGGCCAGAGCUUCAGCUGCAGAAAUGCAAGCAUCACUCUUUCACCAACUUUCCACCUUGACCUGCUCUUCCUGAAACUACAGGCUGCUCAGCUGCCCUCCACAGGGGUCUUUGGGCCAAGUUUCUCCUGCCCCAGUGACCGGUCCAUCUUACUGCCUCUCAUCAUCGGGCUGGUCCUCCUCGGCCUCCUCACUCUGGUGCUUGUUGCCUUCUGCAUCGUCCGGAGACCCCCAUCCACUUACCAGCCCCUCUGAGCAUCUCCCCCAACCUUUGCGUUUCCUCACCAUGCAGCUGACUCAAAGACAAAGUCAUCUUCCUUCCCUGUCUUGAGCAAAAAUAGAGAUAAUGCAACCAGGAGGAGUCCGGGAGUUUUAUUAAAUAUGACAAAUUUCCCUUCCCCACCCCCAGUAGGAGAGUAGUAAAACCUACUCAAAUUUUUGUCCUUGGUUUCCCUUGUCCUGCCAGGAUUAAAAGCCAUGAGUUUCUUUUCACAUCUUUCUGUGCCUUCCACGGUUGAGUCU